AUGUCGUUCAAUGGUAUGACACAACCUGGUCAAAUUGGGCCUGGUAAUGAUAUCGAUAUGAUAAAAAGUUAUGGUGGUCCUGAAGAAAAUCAACAUUCUUCAACUAUGCAUGGAAGCGGUGUUGCCUUACAUACGGUGCCAACUGAUGAAAUUAAUAAAAAUCCUGAAACCGAACCAAAACCAACUCAAGAUCAAACUUAA